AUGGCAACGGUUGUUAAUGUUUUAAUGCCUGCGGCCACGGUGACAAUGCUAUUUACCGUAGAGCCAUCUAUUUUUAUCCUCGGACCACCCUGCGUUGGCAAAUACACACUCGGAAAACAUGUGGCUCGCAAACUGAAUUGUGUUCACAUACCUGUGAGAGAACUGCGGCAAGCAGCAGAAGAUAAUCUCAUCAGACAGAAUAACGAAGGUUCAAUUUUCUACGCUGAUUACUUAAGAAGGCGAAUUUCGGAGAAAGAUUGCAAGACAACGGGUUAUGUAUUGACUGGCUUUCCGGGAACUGGAGAGGAAGGAAAGGCUCUGCAAAUAUUUGGCAUAUUUCCGGAGAAGAUUAUUGUUUUGGACGCUCCAGACAAUGUCCUUCGAGAUAGAGCACGCGAAAAAGUCAUUGACAGACUUACCAAAGAACCUUAUCAUAAGCUCUACAAUCCUCCAUCUGAUCCGGAAAUCGAAAGUCGCCUGGUUUCGGCUGACGACACUUCUGAAAUUGAUCGUCGCAUCGCGGAAUUUAGGCACCACUUUAUUGCGGUCGGCCAAAUGUACGCGGACAGUAUUGUGAACCUUCGAGGAGAUCAACCUCUCUCCGACCUUUACUCCCAGGCCCUCUGCAUUCUUUCUCGACCGGUACGUAAUCCGGCCAUGUGGACACCACGCGUACUCCUCCUCGGCUUCUCGGGCUCGGGACGCAAAACCAUUGCUCGCAAACUGACGAAACGCUACGAACUCAUACCUGUGCAUUGUGGAAGUAUUAUCCGCAGAGAAGUUAUAAGAGAUACAAAACUCGGCAAAGCAAUGAAAAUAUAUGUUGAUGCUCAUAGUUCAGUUCCUGACGAGAUGGUGGUCAAACUACUGCAAGCACGUCUUUCGGAGCUCGACUGUGCUCUGAAAGGCUGGGUCCUCUUUGGAUUCCCGCGAACACGUCAGCAAGCACAGAUGCUGGACGAGGCAGACCUUGCACCAAAUCGGGUCUUUUUCCUUAACAUUAGUCACAUUGAUGCGGCAGCACGCCUAAACAUGCGCCGGGUAGAUAUGGUGACGGGCUCACGUUACGAUCUUUGCCGUGCGCUUCCUUUCCCGUCGCCAUCGCCCGUGUUGGAGUGCACGGUAGGCCGAGUGGGGCGCCCUCCAGGUAUGGCAGAAUGCGAAGUAAGCCUCAAGUUAACCCGCCACGCCGGCCAUCGAGAUGAGCUUGUCGAGUAUUACGGCCCUCGGGCGUUUAGUGUGGACGCAGAAAGGGAAGAGGAAGCGGCUAGAAUUAACCCCUUGGCAAAUUUUAAAGAUGCUGAGAAAGUGGUUCUAGAAGAGUACUUUCAGCGACAUCACAUCAUGGAAAUAUUCGAGAUCUUCUUCUACUUGACACCCAUUGAUUUUGCAAGAUGCGCUCUGGUGAAUCAAGCCUGGAAAGUAGCAGUGGACCUUAACGCGGCUGCAUCCGUCCUUGAUCUUUCCAAAAUUCCCAAUUGUUCCUUCAUGUCUAUCUGCAGUGCUACCGAUUCAAUGCUACUAAAGUUGCUGCAUCAGCGUAAGAAGAAAGUAAGGAAAGUUAGCCUUGCCAAUUGUUCAUUGCUUACUGCAUCCGGACUCGCAGCACUUGCGCUGUGUAGCAAUCUACAAAACAUCAACUUGACCAACUGCCCUAACGUGACUAUGGAAGACCAAAUGAUUGAACGACUGAUGAAACUUGAGAAUUUACGAUGCCUUAAUCUCUCGCACUGCUAUCGUCUAACGGAUAAAUGCGCUACGUUGAUAUGUGGAUCGCGUUAUGCCAACAGGCUACAGGAACUCUAUCUGGCUUACUGCUACGAGCUCACAAACAAUGGAGUAUCGGCUCUUAUGAAAAGUUUGGAAGGAUGCAUCGCCUUAACAGAUGAGGCCAUGAUUGGAGUAAGAAACUGCAAAAAUAUGCGUUGGAUUAAUUUUUCGAGAACGCGCCUGAGCGAUACGGUAUUAGAAUGGUGCACAAAUCUGCCCCGCCUAGCCAGCAUAAAUCUGUCCGGUUGCCAACACAUCUCUGAUCGCGGCCUGAUCCAGAUGUCAACUCAAUUAAACGAAAUAGAGAUCCUUCGACUCUCCGGGUGUCGAGUAAGAAUGCAGCCCUACUCCCUUAACCCCACUUUUAAGCGCAUUACAACUAAAGGUAUCGAGACUGUGAUUAGUCGCUCCAAAGGUAUUCAGACACUUGACCUAAGCCUACUUAAGACGGUGAGAAUCCAACUUAGAGAUAACUCACUAGGUUACCGAUUCAGUUUUGAGGAGCAUUUGGAGUCACUGCCCCUAUCUACGCGUUUUGAAGAUUACCAGAUGUACCAGAGUAACGUAAGUCAUUUCAUUGGUGUGUAA